AUGAAGGUCGUUGCAUUUUCCCUCAUCGCUGCCGCCCUCACCGUUGCCAGUGUGCACGCUGACGUGUGUGACCAGGCGUCCGUGACGGCUCUGCUGACGUCUAGAGAAGUGGCUGCGUGUACGAGCAGCUCGGGUUACUCGCCGUCGUCGCUCAGGAGCCCCACAACUGCUCAGCUGGAGACCAUGUGCUCCGCUGAAGCCUGCCAGACCAUGCUGUCGAUUGGGACCACCAUGUUUCCAGAGGAGUGCACGAUCAACACAUUUGCGCUGCACUCUGGUCUUCUCGCGCCCGUGUCUACGUACUGCGGGAGCAGCUCCAACUCGAGCUCACUCACGGUCACUCCGACUGACACGGACGUGUUGACAUCGACGUCUACUACUGCGUCGACGGAGACGGAAGGGGCCACGUCAGACUCGAGUUGGACAGACGCGACGAUGUCUUCGGCCUUAUUCGACAAUGCCGAUCAGAAAACGACUGGCUCUCUCGAUGGGUCGGUGUCUUUGACCGACGAUGCAAAUCAGAUGACAACCGGCUCUCUCGACGAGUCGCUGUCUUUGACCAACUUGAAUGGCUCGAUGGCCUGGGACGACUACAACGGCUCGAUGGCCUGGGACGACUACAAUGGCUCGAAGGCCUGGGACAACUACAAUGACUCGACGGCUUCGGCCACCUUGGACGACGACAUGAUGAUGAGCGUCUCGGGCUCGGGCAGUGACUUUGUCAUUGAGACCCUGCCUCCUUCCACCAGCUCUGGCUCUCUAUUACUUGAUGACGAAGGUAGCGUUUCGGGCGAUCCGGAUGCUGCGGACGGGACCCCAGGUCGCGCAAGCGGUAGUGUUGUUACUAUGGGGCCGUCGUCGACUGUGUUGCUGGGAUCGGCUGUCGUUGCUACGGCUGCGCUCUUCUUGUAG